AUGACGAGCUAUACCGAUGUGCCCAUGAGGGCCAGACAACAGGUGCCCGCAAAGGCCCUGAACACCCCCUACCCCCUCAUUGACAGUGACCCUCACUUCAAGCGCGUUGUCGGCUACGCCCGCCCCGGAGACUACCUGUACGGUGUCGCAUUCGGUGCCUCAGUGCCCGCUACCAUGGCUUUGAUGGAGCGCGUCUCUCCCACCGGUCUCCCCCGAAGCGCCAUCGCCAGCGUCAUGCGUCUUUCCGGCGGUAUUGGUCUCUUCGCCGGCUUCUACCUUUGUUACUCAAGAUCCAUCAACCGCUUCUACGGCUUCACCGAGAACCGUCGCGAAAUCGACAUGGACAUGCGCGAGAUGGUCGACAGGGUCAAGCGCGGCGAGGAGCUUUACGGCAAGAGUCAGUUGACCGAGUACAUGCAAGGUGCUGCCUCGCGUCAAUCUCGUUACUCUGGUAUCUGGAUCCACAUGAUGCCUUGGUUCAACUUUGUCAACCACAACCAGCACGGUGUUGACACGGCAAAGUACUACCAGCAGGCCGAGCGGGAACUCGAGGCCGAGAAGGCUUAA